GCGGCGACGCUGGCCGGGCGCACGCUUCGCCCCCGCGGCCGGCGGCGCCGUCCCUGUGACGCUCAGAAGCGGCCAGAUGUCGAGCCUCCUCUUUGUCGCGUUCCCCUGACCAGCUGUCCUGGCGCGGAGCCGGGCGCCUGCGGGUGCAGCGGUGAACAGGGCCGACGCGGCCAGGUGACACUCCCCUCACCCCACACCCCAACUCUGAAAAGCAGCUCCUGAGACCUGAAUUACAGACCAUCAUUUUAAUUGGAUAACCUGCUGCUGGAACAAGCUUCUCUUUGGGGUCACAAUGGCCACCCAAGGCAGAGGAGCUUUAGGCCUCAUCCCCAGGGUUGCUGUUCUCCAGGAGCAGGAGGGGCACCUAACAGUAAAGCCAGAGCCAGGGAGCCAGACCUGGGGGCAGGGCUGCAGUCUCCAGAAGAACCAUCCACCUGUUUGUGAAAUUUUCCGGCUACACUUCAGGCAGUUAUGUUACCACGAGAUGUCUGGGCCACAGGAGGCGCUGAGCCGACUUCGGGAGCUCUGCCGCUGGUGGCUCAUGCCAGAGGUGCACACCAAGGAGCAGAUCCUGGAGCUGCUGGUGCUGGAGCAGUUUCUGAGCAUCCUGCCCGGCGAGCUCCGGACCUGGGUGCAGCUACAUCACCCCGAGAAUGGCGAGGAAGCUGUGGCUGUGGUGGAGGAUUUCCAGAGACACCUCAGUGGACCAGGAGAGGUUUCAGCUCCAGCACAGGAACAGGAAAUGGAAUUGGAGGAGAUGACAGCUUUGAGUGCAACAGAGGAAUCUCCUCCCACCUCACCCCUCUGUGACGGUUCAGCCCCUGGAACCCACAUGGAGCCUCCUCGUGACCCAGGGGCCUGCUACCUCCCCAAUGGGCACUCGGGUACUCGCCUCUCCAGCUCUGGGGAGCAAGAUCACAUGGAUAUUGUUAAUGCUCGUCGUGCUUCCCCGCUGCCUGCCCUUCCCCAGGUGGGGAACACAGGAGACCAAGGAGUGGCAACUGUGCUUCGGAUGGUCAGGCCCCAGGGCUCUGCAGUGUACAGGUGCCUGUCUGUGGACUGCACUGAGGAGUGGAACGGUCCAGCCCUGAGUCAGAGAGCCCUGUACCGCCGCUCCAUGCCGGAAACUUACCGCAGCGUGGCCUCCCUGGGUGAGACUCGGAUGGAGAAUUCGGAGUUGUCUCCAAAGCAAGAGAUUUCCAAAGGAUCAGAGUCAUCUGAUGGGACAUCAGGAGGCCUCUGUGGGGUGGUUCCUGGGGGACCAGAAGCUGGAAAUGCUUUAGGAAAGCUAGAAGCACAUCCCUCAGAGGAGGAAGGGAGCAGACUGGAAAGUGAUUUCCUGGAAAUAACAUUUGAGGAUAAAAACAAAUCCACAAAAGAUGGAUGUGAUGACUAUAAGGAACUUGGGGAACAUCCGAAUCUGUCUUCCAGUCCUGCAGAACGUGAGGAUCUGAAGGCACAGAAAUUCUAUCAAUGUGAUGACUGUGGCAAAGCUUUUAAUCGGAGUUCACACCUCAUUGGCCAUCAGAGAAUCCACACUGGGGAGAAACCCUAUGAGUGUAAUGAGUGUGGCAAGGCCUUCAGGCAGACCUCUCAGCUCAUAGUUCAUCUCAGAACCCACACGGGGGAAAAGCCCUAUGAAUGCAGCAAGUGUGGGAAGACCUAUCGGCAUAGCUCCCAUCUCAUUCAACACCAGAGACUCCAUAAUGGGGAGAAACCAUAUAAAUGUAAUGAAUGUGGAAAAGCCUUCACUCAGAGUUCUCAACUCAUUGACCACCAGAGGACCCAUACUGGGGAGAAACCUUAUGAAUGCAAUGAGUGUGGGGAGACCUUCAUUCGGAGUAAAAGUCUUGUCCGACACCAGGUACUUCACACUGGUGAGAAACCCUACAAGUGUAACGAGUGUGGGAAAGCUUUCUGUUCUAGUAGAAAUCUUAUUGAUCAUCAGAGAAUUCACUCUGGGGAGAAGCCUUAUGAGUGCAAUGAGUGUGGCAAGGCCUUCAGUAGGAAUAAAUGUCUUAUUCGACAUCAAAGCCUCCACACUGGGGAAAAACCGUACAAAUGUAGGGAGUGUGGGAAAGCCUUCAAUCAGAACUCUCAACUUGUUGACCAUGAGCGAAUUCAUACAGGAGAAAAACCUUUUGAAUGUAAUGAAUGUGGUAAGGCAUUCAGCCUGAGUAAAUGUCUUAUUCGACAUCAGAGACUUCACACAGGUGAGAAGCCCUAUAAAUGCAAUGAAUGUGGAAAAUCCUUCAAUCAAAAUUCACAUCUCAUUAUACACCAGAGAAUUCACACUGGAGAGAAACCUUAUGAAUGUAAUGAGUGUGGGAAGGUCUUCAGUUACAGCUCCAGUCUAAUGGUACAUCAGAGAACCCACACUGGGGAGAAACCCUAUAAAUGCAACGAUUGUGGGAAAGCCUUUAGUGACAGCUCACAGCUCAUUGUGCACCAGAGAGUUCACACUGGUGAGAAGCCCUAUGAAUGUAGUGAGUGUGGGAAAGCCUUCAGUCAGCGUUCCACUUUUAAUCACCACCAACGAACUCACACUGGAGAGAAGCACUCAGGUCUGGCUAAGUCAGUUUCAUAAAGUCUUAAGUUUCUAAGAAGGAGAGCAAGAAACUUUGAAUUAAGCUUUCUUUGUAAGAAGAAUUUAUCCUGAUCCCCUCUUUGAACUAAUCAAAGUGGGCCAUUUUAUAGAUGCUGUCUGCUGGGUCAUGAGAGUGGAGAGUGGAAGGAAG